UCAAAACAUUAAACUCUGAUUUGCUGAAAAAUCUCAUCAGUGCUCAAGCCAUAUCAAUUGUGUAUUUAAUCUAUUUACGGUCUUACGGGCCCUGUGUUCUAGCCGGAUUGUUAGACAUCUAGAUAGAUACCAUGGUUAAAGACUUGAUGAAGUUAAAUGUUCUACCAGGCCCCCUUUAUUGCUUCACAUUUUUAACACUUGGUAUAUCUGUAAUUUUCAGAUGGAUGCCUGAAUAAGAAGUUUAAAAGAUAAGCCGUCGGAAGGUAUUGUGUCCUGAGCCUAAUCUCACGCAGGUAGGUUUACCUGCACACACAGCGACGUUUAUGCCGGUCGUUAAGUAAUCAGCCAAUGGAGAUUUAAUAUUGUUUUAUCGGGGAGCUAAUUUGAAUCGGGAGAAAAUAGCAUUGGAUGGUGCAUGGAUGACUCUAGUUGUAACAUAAAAAAAAUUUGAUAUAAAAACGGGAUUUAUAUAUUUCUUUGGGAAAAAAGGACUGAGUUUCAUUUGUCACAUUCCUCAGUUCUGAAAUGGAGCGUGGUAGUUAGAAUUAUGGAGGUCCCAUUGCAGCAGAAUUGAUGGUAGACACCAAAGAGUGUUGGGGCUGUCGACAUGAAGACCCGUCAGGUGUCCUCUGCCCCGCUGGCUGGGUCCCCCCUCAGUAGCCGCUCCUCCAGCUGCAGUAGUCUGUCCUUCGAGGGGAUACCUGAUGAAGUCGCCCGACUCUCUGAGGAGAAGAGCAAAAACCUCAAAGGAGGAGAUGAAACAGUAUGGAAGGAGGAAAUUCGGAAGCGCAUGGAAGAUGAGCUCAAUGCUCGUGUGCGAGAAGCAUUAGAGACACCUCCACUGGAACGAGCGGAGCGUCAGCGUCUGUCCAAUCAACAACAACAACAAACUGCUCGCAGCAAUCUCGAAAAACUCAACUCCCAUCUUCUCUUCGAACUCAACGACAAGAACCAUGCGUAUCUGAAGGCCCGGAAGUGGCGAGCUCUACAGGCCAAGAAGCAGAUGCAACAUCUGAUGAGGAUGAACUACACCCUGACUCCCGCCCCCACCUCCACCAUCGACGUCAUCUUCAAGGACAAACUCUCCAAGUCUAAUCAGGACGAAUUCCCUGGAGUGUUUGGUCUACAGACUUUUUCUGAAGGAAUCAAAGACAGGAACAGUUUAGAAAAAUAUCCUUCCUUAAAACAAAUUCACAGACAGUUCUAUACCAAAGAUGGCUUUCUUGCCGCUUUGGAUUCGGGACAUUUUCCGGAUGGUUCUAAAUUUGACUGUAAUGAAAAUGGUGCAUAUAAAGACAGAUUUGGUGUGGUGAGAGACCAGCAUGGUCCCUUCUGGCCCGGGGAGUGGGGCCCCCUGUUUCCUACCCCCAGGUUUAAGUGGUUUACUGACAUCCCUGAAGAACCCCUGUUUACCUCGGCUCACAAUCAACAGUUUACAAAGACCUUCGAUAACCAGCAAACACCAUAUACCUCAAAAUGGCGAGGAGUGUUGAUCGUGUACGAUUCGGAGCGAAGUAGUCGAGAUCAUUCCCCACAACCCGUCCCUGAGGGGUGCUGUCCUAAUCUAGUCUUUGAAUCCAGAUUUGAGAGUGGAAAUCUACGCCAGGCUCGAAGAGUGGGUCAGUGUGAAUAUGAAUUGGUGCUAAAAACGGACCUGUACACUAACCGCCACACCCAGUGGUACUACUUCAGGGUGCAGAAUGCCGUCCCUGGGGUGGUGUACAAGUUCAGGAUAGUCAAUUUACUCAAAAGAGAUAGUCUUUAUAAUUAUGGUAUGAGACCACUGUUAUACUCUGAAAAUGAUGCCAAGAAUAAGUCUAUAGGUUGGAUCCGAGCAGGUCAUCAUAUUAGUUACUCUAGAAAUAUAAUGCAUUUACACUGCCCUUUGCUAAUGAGAGGUAUACCCUACUCAGAACUGGAAUGGCAAAUGGAAUUUCCUAAUGCUGACGACACCUAUUAUCUUGCCCAUUGUUACCCCUAUACAUUCACUGAUCUCAAGGAGGACCUGGACAUCAUGUUAAACAUGCCCGAGAGUCGACAGUGGAUCAAACGGGAAGUCCUCUGUGAAACUCGCGCUGGAAACAGCUGUUUUCUUGUCACCUGCACCAACUUUGAUACCUCCCGAGAGGAGCAGAUCAAAAAGAAGGUGGUGGUGGUGACGGCCCGGGUCCACCCCGGGGAAUCCCAGGCCAGCUGGAUGAUGAAGGGUCUGCUGGACUACAUCACAAGUACCGACCCCGUCGCAAAAGAACUUCGCAAUAGGUUUAUAUUUAAAAUAGUUCCCAUGCUCAAUCCAGACGGGGUGAUAGUAGGAAACUACCGAUGUUCUUUGGCAGCCAGGGACUUGAACCGCAAUUACCGACAUCCCAGGAAAGAGAGUUUUCCAACAGUGUGGUUUACCAAGAGUAUGAUGGAGAAAAUUCUAGAAAGACAUGAUAUUCUUCUAUACUGUGACCUACAUGGACACAGUAGGAAACACAAUGUGUUCAUGUAUGGUAACAACACGUCAGAAGUGGAGACAGAUGAGGGAAUUGGUGCUGCUCAGGCCUAUCUCAGAGAAAGGCUUUUCCCUUGGCUUAUGUCACAGAGGUCUCCAGACAAAUUUUCCUUUCAAUCCUGCAAAUUCCAAAUCAAAAGAUGUAAGGAGUCCACUGGCCGCGUGGUGAUGUGGCGUCAGAUGAGGGUCCUCAACAGCUUCACUCUGGAAGCCACAUUUAGUGGCACCAUACUCAAUAGGAAAGAAUUGCGUCAUUUCAAUAUUGGUGAUUAUAUGGAAAUGGGGCGAGUGCUGUCGCAAGUGGUGCUAGAUUAUGAAGUAGCUCAGGAAAACAAAGCUAAACAGACAGAGGUUGUGUUAGACAUGACUCGGUACAUCACAAACCAAGUGCUAGAACAGAGGGGUAUGAUUGGUGCACGUAUCCCUAACCUUCAGUCGUUAUCCACCAAAAGUGGCAAAAUUAGCGAUGCUGACUCUGGAAUUGAUGCUAGUCAAGACGUCUGUCCAUUGGAUGGCCGGCAGAGCGCGAUGGAGGACCAAGAGAGACUGGACGUGGGAGACGACUUCGGACGCAAAACAGACAAGAAGAGAAAGCCCGAGUCUCACAGUCACGCUAACCUCAGUCGUAAAGAGGUGGACUCAUUAAUAGAUAACGAGUCGUUAAAGACGAUGGACGGCUGCCUGAAAAUACUCUCCGACCUCAAUGUUCGCGAGGCGUUACAGGAAUCAGAUUCUAGCGACAGUGACAGCGAAUCUGAACCUGAAAUGAAGCCGGUAGAUCCGAAACCAAAGAAGAAAAAACGCAAGUCCAAAAAGCAGCGCGACAAAGAACAUCAAGAACGCAAGGGUGGAUCCGGGGGGUCAGACAAAAAACAAGAGGAGCGUUCAAAGUCGCUAACGCAAUGUUUCCAAUGUAGUAGAAAUUUACAUGGGGCCUUGCCUUCUAUUUCUUGUUCUGAUGCUCAACAUGAUACCCUUGGUAAUCCUGGCAACCUUAACAAAAAGGCUUUCCAAGGCUCGUUUGUCUUACACAGGUCCAAGACCACCUCAAAUUUGGAGAAAUACAAAAAGCAGACUUUGGACAGCCGAUUUGUCAGCAAGUAUGAAGGCAGGAGAAAUGGGGGGAUUCCCUGCUUCUCGGAGGAGAGAAGCAUUGAGCGGGCAGCAAAGAGAAUGGCAGACAUGAAGAAACGAAAUGACGAUGAGAAACAGAGAGACAUGGCUUUCUUUGUGGCGCUCCGAGAGGGGACCCCUAAUAUAGCCCAGACUCUGGUAGGCCUGAACGUGAGGACCAGCUACACUCAUGCAGGGACAAGAGAAUGGAUCUGUAACACUACUUUUGAUCUUUCCUCUAACACUGAGUCAUUUCCAGACAUGACUCCGAGUUGCCUGCCAGCUUCCAUGCCAUCAGUCCGGGAUAUCAGCUCUGAUGAAGCGAGUGAUAGUGAUGUUCCUUCCUCGACCACCAUCACGCUCGCCGCUCGAUCUAACCCAUAUAACCAACAUAUAGAAGCCAGUAGCAAUCUCCAUUUAGCUGGCAUUGCCGCGCAAAAACGACACAUGAGAAGUGGUCCUGUCCUGAAGUCAUUUACCCGCCAUAUUCCAUCUAGUUCUUCGACUCCGUCCCCAUUCCUGCCCCACAGCAUCACGCCCAUCUCCUCCGAAAUGGACGCAGCAAAACUGGAAAAACGUUCCCGCCUCAGUCGCACCCCUGGUCCCCUGAGUGGAGUUACGGAGGAAGCAAUAAACAGAGUUUUGGGUAAGGGGAUUCAAAGCAAGAGUCGACUCUUGACACUGCUUCUGUCUAGACAACGCAAGAAGUCCUCAAGCCACACUCCCACUCACGCGAUUCUGUGAAUCCGAUGUCAAAACCGCCGUAAAUCAUCGAUAAAAUCGGUCAGGAAGACAGUGGAACUGUGUUAUUAACUAGUCAUCCAAGAAUUACGUCACUAGUCACGUGACAGGAAUCCUGAGAUUUUGCCAUCAAGCGUUGCCUCUUGGUCAUUGCGUUACAUUAGGAAAAUCAUAAUGAAGUCAUCGUAGAUCUCAUAAAACUUGCCAGUCAUGGAGUGAAUUCAGGGAGAUAGACUGAAUUAUAAUGUCAUUUAUAUUUACACAUGCCUUUCCUUUACAUUUUUCGAUAAUAUCCUUUAAGUUAUUUUUAACCAAUUUUAGAUAAACUGUACGGGAAGGGUAAAAAUGUAGAAUAAUUUACGGCCACUUUCCAAUGAAAAGGGACCAACCAAAGGUCUUUCAGGCAUUUCUUAUUUAUAUUUUAAAACACUUUGAUUCAAACUGUGUGCGAUGAAAGAUAUUUAUAGAAUACACGGUCUGCAUCAAUACAGCAAUAUUAUCUCAUUAUUAAGAGGAUUUGUGUACAACUAUAUGUCUGGUUUCCCCAAUCCGGUUUCAAACAAUUAUGCAUAAUUACUUCUUCGUAAGAAAUGUAGUAAUUUUUUCUGGAAAUUGUUUACUUUAAAAAUCAUGUGUGUAAGAUAUCAUGGUACUUGAAAGUCAUUAUUAUAAAGCGCAUGACCGGACUUGGGUACUAUACACUAGUACAAAUUAUAAACAGUAAAAAUAUUUGAACAUUUCAUAUAUUUAUGAAUAUUUUUGUUUAGUUUAUUAAUAAAUUAUGAAAUAC